AAGGUAAAAGAAGCUGCCGUGGUUCCGAGAAUCCAGUCCGUACCGACGCUACCAAGAGGAAACACUCGAGUGGUGGUCACGUGUUUGGAGGAGAUGGACCAGGAUCAGAACCAGAACCAGAACCAGGACCGGGGUCAGAACCAGGACCAGGAUCAGAACCAGGACCAGGAGAUGGACCGGGAUCAGAACCAGGACCAGGAGAUGGACCGGGAUCAGAACCAGGACCGGGAGUCCAGCAGGACCAAAGCGGACUCUUCCUCCGCUGGUCUGCAGAAAGUCCUCACCACUUCACCAGGUCUGAAGGUCCAAAAGAGGAUUACUGAAGAGAAGCCGUACAGCUGUGAACAGUGUGGGUUAGCUUUUACCAAACCAAGUAUUUUAAAGUGUCAUCAGCGUAUCCACACUGGAGAAAAGCCGUACAAAUGUGAUCAGUGUGGGAUAGCUUUUACCCGAAAAGGGGAUCUAAGGAGUCAUCAGCGUAUUCACACUGGAGAGAAGCCUUACAGAUGUGAUCAGUGUGGGGCAGCUUUUACCUUUUCAGGUCAUCUAUGGAGUCAUCAGCGUAUCCACACUGGAGAAAAGCCACACAAAUGUGAUCAGUGUGGUGUGGCUUUUACCCGACAACGUGAUCUAAGGCGUCAUCAGCGUAUUCACACUGGAGAAAAGCCGUACAAAUGUGAUCAGUGUGGGGCAGAUUUUAACACGUCAGGUAAUCUAAGGAGUCAUCAGCGUGUUCACAGUGGGUUUAAGCCUUUCAGAUGUGAUCAGUGUGAGGCAACUUUUAAAACGUCGGAUAAUCUAAGGAGUCAUCAGCGUAUUCACACUAGAUAAAAAAUUGUCUGUGAUCAGUUUGGGGCAUAUGGGCAGAAAUAUGUGCCACUAGAAACUGAAUUUGAAUAAUUUAUAUUUGAAUUUGAAUUGCUCAACUUGAAUAAUUUAAUCAAAAAACUGAAUCUGAAUCACAUAAUCUGUAUUUGUAUUGUUUAAUUUGAAUCAUUGCAUUGGAAAAACUGAAUCUACAUUCAGUUCUCACAAUUCAAAUUCAGUUCUUGCAAUUCAAUUUCAAAUUUACUGUGCCAGACAUCCGUGUCUUCCGCAGGAACAGCAAUCGAGUGCAGAUACAUAGAACUCCUUUUCACGUAGCCUACUAUAACCUAUUUUCUUUCAACCAUAUAAACGACCAAUGCGAGCUAGAUAUUUCGAACCCUUUUGUGUUUUCUCCAUUCUGUGUAAAAAGUGUAGAUUUAUAUCUUGCCGUUUUGUAGAAAAAAUUCUGCUGAGGAGUGUGUGACCAACUAUACCUUUUAAGCAAAACAUUAAUUAUUACUUUAUUUGCUGGAUAUGGGAUUUGGCCAAGAAAGUCAGAGAAAACUCAGGGAUGUUCCCCUUGCACUGAGGGUGGGAACUUAAUAGUGUCAGACUGUAUGUGCUGUGUAUUGGCAGCAAUAUUUUGAUUCAAUACAUGUCAUGUUACAGGGUUCCUGAUUCAAUGAGCUGUGGUGCUUUAAACAUCAAUAUAUAUAUAUAUAUAUAUAUAUAUAUAUAUAUAUAUAUAUAUAUAUAUAUAUAUAUAUAUAUUUAUUUAUUUAUUUACAGUUAGGGCUGAGCAAAAUAUCACUAUUACACCAAUAUUGUGAUAUGAGAAUAGAUAUGGGCUGUGAUGGAUAUCUUAAUGUGAUAUAGUGUUGUCUUUUCCUGGAUUUAAAUACUGUAUCAUAGUAAAGGAAUGCAAUUUUCUGAACUUAGCAAACUGUUUUCGCUGAAAAUUUCCUCAAUCAGUUCAGUCAUUGUAGCUUCUGUGGCCGACUUAACCUUUAAAAAGCAGAGGUGUCAAGUAACAAAGUACAAAUACUCUGUUACCUUACUUAAGUAGAAAUUUUUGUUAUCUAUACUUCACUGGAGUAAUUAUUUUUCAAAUGACUUUUUACUUUUACUCCUUACAUUUUCACACAAUUAUCUGUACUUUUUACUCCUUACAUUUUAAAAACAGCCUUGUUACUCUAUUUCAUUUCGGCCUUUUAAAAAAAACUAGCCAGAGGUUCUUGUCCAGUUUUGUUCUUACAUCCGUUCCCUCAGAUUCCUGCAACUAAACUUGGAUGUACAUUCCAAUAAAGGUUAGGAUAAAUGAUAACAUGUCUCUGAAGUUUGACUUUUUGCACCAUUACAAUACUUAUAGGCAACUAGUCAUCAUAUCUCCUGCUCUCUGAAACACAUGUUAAUGCUCAAUAGUACACAUAUAUGGUUCUUUAAUAUAUUUGCAUUAUACUAAGAUGCAUUCAUUUUCAAUGGCUUUUUUCCCCCUUACAUUACUUUUACUUUUAUACUUUAAGUAGUUUUGAAACCAGUACUUUUAUACUUUUACUCGAGUAAAAAACUUGAGUUUAGGCCUGGGACGAUAACAAAUUUUGCUGGACGAUAUAUUGUCCCACAAAUUAUUGACGAUAAACGAUAUUAUUGUCGACAUUGUCGAGACCAAAAUAAGCACUUAUGUAAUGUUAAUAUAUCAUAAUAAUGCAAGUACACCCUUUCAAAUGUAAUAAUUAAACCUUUAUUUGACAUUGGAG